GAAAAAUUACCUUUAGAAUAUGGAACCAAUUGCUUGCAGCGCCAAUGGAGGCGAUGAUUUCGCCGUCGAAGAAAUUAAUUCCAGUUGUUCCCGCGGCAACAACUGGAAAAUUGAAGCGGGGAAAAAUUCCAGUUAUUCGUCGUCUUCGGUUGCUGGGGAGUGGGGAGGACGAGUCGCCGGCUGUUUGGUUGCUGCCUUGCUGGGGAGGACGCUGUCGCCGGGAGAUCGAGAGGCUGAGCGGCGCGCCGCGGGGCGGGGAGACGACAGGCAGAGUGGCGGUGCGGCGCGGGGAGACGACAGGCAGAGCGGCGGGCGGCGCGGCGCGGGGUGAUGACAGGCAGACUGGCAGAGCGGCGCGCCGCGGGGCGGGGAGACGACAGGCAGAGCGGCGGUGCGGCGCGGGGAGACGACAGGCAGACUGGCAGAGCGGCGCGGGCAGAGGAGGGAGACGAGAGGCAGAGAGAAUCAGAGACGAGCGGCGCGGGCAGAGACGAAGGUAGGGUUUCUCCUCUGCUUAAUGCUUUCCGUU